CAAAGUUUUUGGUAUCAUGGAAGUUCAAUCGCCUCCCUCAGGGACUCGUCAUCAUAGCCGACGAUUAUCCGUUGACUUCUUACACGAACGGGAUGUUUCUGUUGCCAGCAUAGAUACUUUUGCCGAAGAAAAUUAUUAUACCGACCGUAAUGUUGAGACAUACGCAGGUACAUCCAAUAUGUUAGGAGCCUCAAAAAAGGAAAAUAACGAAUCCGCCAUGUCAUCAUUUUUGAGACAACAAGUAGUUUCAUUGUUCGGUGGUGGAGGGAACAAUUCAUUCAUGAGUAAUGAUUCAGCAGAGAAGUCAGGUGACGUUGUAGGAUCUUCAAGUACGAAGACGAAAUAUAAGACUUCGCAGACCGGUCACUCAAAUGAAGAAUCGGUCAUGAAGCAUCAUCAAACACGUCGUGUCGCAAGCCUUGACAGUGACAAUAUCCCACACAAAAAUCGACGAAGCCUUAUUGCCGAGAGGGGCUUAUUAACAGAUGCAUCAAAUACCAUAAGAUCAACAUCUUCGGCAACCAUUCAAUACAUCGGUUCCGAUGGAACUACCACAUCUCAAUCAUUAGCUGCAGCGCCACCACCGCCAAUAACCACCACCACUCCAAGACAGUUAC